AACAAAAUUAAUGGAGGCGUCGUUUAGAUCAAAAUAGGCAUGGCAUUGGCAAAUCACAGGUUGAUACCAGUACUACAGGUCGAUCACGGUAUAGUGCGUUUCUACAUGUGCUUCUGUACACGCAUUUUUCCUAGUUUGACAUAUGUUUGAAGGCAGGUCAGGUAGGCCUACGUAUACCCUAGAGAUGUAGUUUGUGCCUCCAUUCCUGCAAGCAGAACUUUUAACUUUGAACACUGGGAAGGCAUUCUGUUGUGAUCCUGGGUGCUAACACAUUGCAGUUACUUGUUUAAAGUCCAGUGCCUGCAAUGGCCAAGAAUCUUUUUGUGGCAUAUGUGCUUUGGCUGUUAUUUGGCUGGUUGGGCUUACACCAUUUCUACUUGGGCCGUGACAGACAAGCUUUCAUCUGGUGGUCAACAUGGGGCGGAAUUUUCGGCUUGGGCUGGUUUCGCGACAUUUGGCGCCUACCAUCAUACGUGGACUACGCCAACAAAGAGCCAUACUACAUGUCAUGUCUGACGGAAAUGAUCCAAGUGCGCAAAUCACCACCGUUCAACCCCGUGCGCUUCAUUGGCCAGGUGUGCUUUGGGACGUUCAUGGGCUUCCUCUCCACGGUGGCCGUGUCCGACGAGUACCAUUCCGAGAAUCCAGUGUUGAGGUGCUGCCUGGUGCCUUUGGCCAUCACUAUAGCUGUCCACACGGUGGGGAACAUCGGCUGGGAAAGGACGUCCUUUAAGUGGGCCCUGUUGGGGGCCUGCAUCCCAGCUCUCUGGUUUCCCGGCAAUCCACAUUUUUUGGUGUACAUGGCUUUACUCAGCUCUAUUCUGUCCCAGUGGGAUCGCAGGUUUCAACCAACGGAGAAUGUCAGACAGAAAGGAUUUUGCACACGAGUAUUGGUGCUUUGUUUAGCAGGUUCUUUGGUCAUAUCCAUGUGGGGCUCGGCUCUUUACUUCAAUGCCUCUGUCACCACCUCCGACGGUGAAACCAUCAAGUUCAGAGAUGCCGUGGAUCACUUCUUCAAUUCUCCCUUCUGGAGGGACUUCAAAGAGACCGUCAAGCAGCUCUUCAGCGAGUGGCAAGAGAGAGGUUGGGAGAAUAUGUGGACUCGUUUUGUGGCAGCUUUAGAUCCUGAGGGAGAACAAAAUGCAUAUGAGGUUUUGGGACUCUCCAAGAAUGCCACCAAGGAGGAAAUCACAAAACGCUACCGAGAGCUUGCCCGAGAGUAUCACCCUGACAAAAAUCGCAACGGAAACCAGGAGGAGGCCGCGGAAAAGUUCAUGCAGAUCCGGGCUGCCUACGAGACCCUGAAAAAGAUAACGGAGCGACGGUCACGGGCCAAAAAAUAUUACGACAGUUCCGAUUGACGGAGGCCACAGGCCGGAGAAUUUAAGAUCCUAGCUUAGUUUUGAUUUAGAUUUUACAUAAUUUGACAGCUUUUUCUGUCUGUAUAGUGUGCCAGAUUUUCUUCCUGUCAAGCCUGUGUGGGGAAGCAAAGGGAAUUAGAGUCAGUUGCCAAGGCAAUGGUUCAAUACAAAAAGUUGGUUCAAUUCCUACAUGUAUCCCUCAUUCCCUAUGCUUUUGUAAGGGGUCUAUCAGUCAACGAGUCAAUGUGUAGAACCAACGUCAUGCCAACAGAUGUCACAAUUCAGUAAUCUAUAGACAAAGUUACAUUCAUUUUUGAAUAUUGCAUUCUCAUCUGCUGACUGGCAAACUGCUGUUUUCUUUUUUAUAUUACUGGUAGGCUUUGCCCUAACACCAAAAUAUAUUCACACUGUAUUCUCAAUGAAGUCAGAGAAGUUGCCAAAAAAAAGUUGCACCCACGCUCGGGUGGGAUUCAAUCCUAUCAGCCUAUCUGAGGUACAGUAUGGCCGACAGAAAAGGAGGGCAGUAACUGGUUUGGGUAAAAUCUUUUGUUUCCUCCAAACUGAACCACUCCAAACAGUACCCUCUUGUCCAUCAUGUUUCAAAAAAGCUAGUGACAUCCUGCAACUCUUGGACCACACUGCAAUUACAGUGUGAAUAUAAGUCAACCUACGGGCCGGGCAGAAAUCAUCAAAUUAACAUUCAAGACACAAAGCUGAUCAUUGCUCUGUGUGCACCUGAGCAAUUUCAACUGAUUGAGACACUUAGUUCCAUAUUUUCAUGCAGUUAGGAACAAGUUCAAGCAUGAGUGAUCAACCGUAGUAUGAGACUUGUAUCUUUUGUCACUUUUGCUCUGAAAUUUUAACUCAAAAAUAAAUUUCUGCAGUGGUCUGAUUCACAGUACUCGGAAUUCAUUGAAAUCCUUUGUAGACAUGGUUUGAGAUAUGAUGACAUGAUCCAACUACAUUUCUAUUGCACCAAGUUGACGUUAGAGCUUGUUUCCAGAGCCUAAGUGUUUCAGUCAUGAAGGAUUCAUUCAAAGUUGAACUUUGUAAAGGCCUGUGGGCCCUGUUCACAGGGAGAAAUGGACCAGGGCAAAGGCUCCUUGCACUCAGCCUUAGGUUGCACUGCUUUUGUUUGGAAAAUGUGGACCAGAUUGCAAGGACUUUUGUGUCUCCAUUAUACAGUGUUUUGGAUUACCAGUUACUACAGUACAAGACAUUUAUAGUCCCUCAAACUCAGGACGGUAAUGAAUGGGGAGGCCUUCGUUGCAUUGAGGGGAUACUUUCUUUUGUUUGGAAAGUCAGAACAGCAUCGUGGGGAUAAUUCAUCCCCACAAUCUUUCUGGUCCCCAUAUUGUCUAUAUUUUCAGCAAGUGUGUUGCCCUCACAACCUGGUAAUGAAUAUGUGUGUGCCUACUUUGGGAUCUAAAGGCUUGUGCAUACGGAUAAAAGGUUUCCCAAAGAAAAAAUAUUCAAACCUGAGCAUUUAUAUGCCAGAUUUGUAGUUUCAAUUCGUCAUUUUUCAAGGGAGGGGGAUUACUCUUGCCAAACAGCACAAGCUCAAAAGUUUUGCAAUCAGGGUCACAUUUUUGCCAAUGUAAAUUAAAUGUGCUUGUUAUAUGAAAGCCUGCUUAACGCCGGCAUAAAUUAAUCUUUCAAUAUAUGAAAUGCCAAGUUUGUUCAUUUUUGUGUGAUUUGUUCAAAAAUUGAUAUUUCUUAAUAUUGGAAAAGUUACUUUAAAUAGUUUUUAUUUUUCUUUUGGGUUCAAAUUAUCGGCAAGCUGCAUGAUUAAAUUUUGGAUUUUAUUUGAAUGGGAAGCAAUCGUGGAUUAUUUCUAAUUUGUGUGUUAAAUUAAACGAGGGGUUACAUCUUACUUUUGGCCCAAGAAAUUUUCUUGUGAUGUUCCUGUUAAUAUCAAAGAAUAAUGAAAAACAUCAAAUUUUAAUCAAGUUUUAGUUUUUGCUCACAUUUAGCACAAAAAUGGUGAUAGAAAUUCCCUUACCAUGUUGUUUGCAUCUGAAAACAAUUGCCUCCAAAUGCCGGAGGGCACACAGUUUGGAGAGAAAACUGGCGUUAAUUAAAAUUGCAAAUCGUAUGGAAAGAGAAGCUUUACUAACCACAGACUCCACAGUGCUGACUUUUAUAGAUGUGUUGUCCAAUUUAUUUUCUUCAAAUCUUUUCUCUGUUUUUGACUGAAAAUCUCAGUUUUAAAUCAUAAAGCAAAUGUAAUUAAAAAAGGUAAUGCCUUAUCACCUUUGA